AUGAAUGUAGCGGCGUUCAACAGCUGUUUCAACCUUCUUGGAAUCGUCAGUUUAUCUUGGACCACAUGGGGUGCCUGGAGUUCGUGUUCGACUACAUGUGGUAACCAUGGAAAUCAGGUCCGUAAUCGAUCGUGCACGAACACAAAAGGAGAUCUCUUCGCUGUGGGUUGUGACGGAAUAUCGAGGGACGAACGCAAUUGUUCUGGUGGUGUCUGUAUAGGUUGUGCUGAGUUGUACAACAACGGAGAACAUGUCUCGGGUGUGUAUACAAUAGCUCCGACCGGCCACCGGCCACUCAAUGUCCAUUGUGACAUGACGGACGGAGGUGGCUGGACGGUGAUUCAACACAGAAUAGACGGCGCUGUCAGCUUCAACCGGAACUGGACAGACUACGUCACAGGUUUCGGUGAUCUACGUAACGAUUUCUGGCUUGGAUUGGAAUAUAUUCAUACGCUGACCUCUUUAGGGGCACAAGUUAUCAUUGACAUGAUUACAACACAGGGCGAAUUGAUACGCUACAGUUACGGGUACUUUAAGGUAAAAAAUUCAAGUACAUUUUACGAGCUAUCGGUCUCAAAUGAUACUUCUUUGAAAUGCUCGUCUCAGUAUCGACUACUUUAUAACGAUGGAGCGAAAUUCACCACCCCAGACAGAAUUGGCAGAUAUGGCUGUGCUCUCAGUGGAUCCGGUUGGUGGUUCAAUGGCUGUUCAUAUUUUAACCCAAACGGUCUAUUUGGUCUCGCUGAUGUGAAUUAUGGGAUGGCAGUGUACUGCAAUUCAAAAGAUGUCGUGUUAAAUGAAACCGUUAUUAAAGUGAGGUAG